UUAUUCAUUUUCUCCCAUACCAUCCCACUUUCGUUAAGCUAGAUUGUAGCUUCAUGUAAAUAAGAAAUUCUCAUAGCCGAAUGAAAGUUGCUAACAUCCGAACCGAGAAGAGAUAAUAACAGAUUAUGGUCAGUAGGCGACAGCCAACACAAAAUCAGUGAAAUGAGAACUUUUGUUAAAUUAGUUAGGCGCGAGUGCUGGUGCAAUACGCAAAACAUGACGGAAAAUAAUAAACAAUUUGAUUUUUAAUUAAAACAAUAAACGUUAUUGUUUAAUUACGGCAAAAUAUUAAAAAUAUAAACAUUAAUACAUAUCAAAAGUGACGAAACAGAAAAAAAGAACGACAAGUAAUGUUAGAAAAUGAAAAGUGUUAUGAAUUUCUUUAAACGUUCCCAAUGAAAAAUAUUUAAAAAAACAUAACAUUUUGAAAUUGGAUACCAAAUGCAAAGACAAUUGUAGCCAACCAACCAUUCAAAACAUAGACACACCGUCACUCAUUACAUUUGCGGUUGAGAGCAAGUGCUUUUCAAUACAAUUCUAGACAACUAGCCGAUUUCAAAUAGAAUUUUAACACGGAAGAUUUAUACAUAUAUAUUGUGUUUUCCAUAUACAAUUUACCAAAUAACACAAUUUUAGUUUACACUUCUUGAAGUAAAAAAAAAUGUUUCGGGCCUCUCAAUUAGCCAGCGAGGAGACUUUACCUGCUUUGGGUUUGCUAACAAUAAAAGAUGACAAUGAACCUGAUAUAACAUCACACCUAAAUCUAAAAACCGGAAAACUAAAACCAGGCGGUUAUGGUCUUGUUACCGUCUUACGUUCACAUCGUCGACCCAAAUACCCGAUUGCCAUUGUUUUUGUGCUGAUGACGAAAUUGUUUGAAGCCUUUGCUGCAAAUGGUAUUCGAACAAUUUUGGCUCUGUAUUUGCGCGAUGAUUUAUACUUCAGCGAAAGUCUGUCUACUGUGCUGCUACAUGUUUUCAACUUUUUUGGUCAAUUUUGCCCCAUAUUUGGAGCCAUACUGGCCGAUAGUUAUAUAGGAAAUGUACGAACGAUAAAUGGAUUUUACAUUAUAUAUGCCUUUGGUUGGAUUCUCUUGGUGUUUACAUCACUGCCGUAUGCAGGAGUAUCAUUGAUAUUCCUGGUAUCCGUCUCCCUGCUACUGAUAGCCAUUGGAAAUGGUUCGACAAGGGCAUGUGUCACAUCGCUGGGUGCUAUACAAUUUCAAUUGCCCGAUCAGGCCAAACAAUUGGCCGAAUAUUUUUCACUGUAUUAUUUAAUCUAUUAUCUGGGGAUAUUUUUAAGUAAAAUAAUACCACCCAUGAUAAGGGCCAACACUUAUUGUUAUAAUAAAAAUGAAUGUUAUCCGGCGGUAUUUGGAACACUGGGUUCAUCGUUUUUCAUGGCAUGGAUAAUGUUUAGUUUGGGAAGACUAUACUAUCGACCCGAAAAACUGGCCGAAGAAAGUAUUUUAAUAAAAUUCUAUGGUUGUAUUAAGUAUGCCUUGGGUAAGAAAUGGCGUCGCAAGGCGGAUGAGAAGAAGCCCGCAUAUUGGCUGCAUUAUGCUGUUGGACGUUACGAAGAAUCGUUCGUAAGUGAUGUGGCUAAAGUAUUGAAGCUAGUCAAACUAUUUCUUCCCCUGCCCAUUUAUUUUGCUCUCUUGGCUCAACAAGAUUCCAGCUGGACUUUUCAAGCAUCGCUUAUGAAUACCACCAUUGUGGAUGGCAUAAGAAUACAACCGGAUCAAGCCAAGGCAAUGGGACCAAUAUUUCUAUUCAUUCUAAUACCUCUGUGGCAGUAUGUGGUGCGACCCUUACUCAAAUGGCUUUUCAAAUAUGAACUUAAGCCACUGCACAGUGUUACAGUGGGUGGUGUAUUUUCAGCAUUGUCAUUUAUGUCGGCAGGAAUUUUACAACGUUAUAUAUUUUCGAUGCCAUAUAAAUCGGUUAAUGUCAUGUGGCAAGUGCCCCAAUUCAUUUGUAUGAUGUUGGGAGAGUUGCUGCUUUCCAUACCAGGAUUGCAGUUUGCUUUUACACAGGCACCGGCUUCAAUGAAAUCUGUCGUAACUGCAGCAUGGUUCCUCAAUAAUGCAUUUGGCAAUCUAAUUGUUGUCAUUAUCACCGAACUUAACAUGUUUCGAACGCAAAGUGAUGAGUUUUUCUUCUAUGCUGUUAUGAUGGUGGUAGCUAUUGUUUUAUAUACCUAUCUUGCCUACGAUUAUGAACUGCGGCAAUAUGAAGAAAGUAAUCAGGAUUCAGGUAUGGAAAUAAUUACAGUUGGGAAAAUGCCACUGGAAGUCAAUGGCAAAAAGUUACAUACGGAAAAUAUACAGAGCGACGAAACGCCCAGCACAAGUAAAAGUACACUUAUUAAAUUAUAAUAAAAAGUGUCAACUAUCAAAAUGAGUUUAUGAGUUAGUCGUCGUUGAGCAUUGACCGAGAGCGGACGCAUCUAAGGAGCGUAGAGCAUAUUACAUUUUAAACUUUGUAUUUAUUCCCAGAAUUACUUUUAUUUUUAAAUAAAAACCAUCUUGACAGAAUCAGAAGUGGGAUAAGAACAGAAAUCUACAAGGAAUUUCAUCAUUUUGGAUAAGAAUUGCAAAAAAAUACUCAAAGAGCUGAGAAACUAAGGCGUCAAAGUGAUGUAGUAGUGAAGAGCUCAAUGCAAAGCAACAACGACGACCAAAGGAGAAACCACGCAAAGGCACCUAAACUCAAAAGUUCGAGUGAGUUUAGUGAGAGUGUGUAACGUGCUCAAAGAGAGCAAAGGAGAAA